AGCUCAGCUGCACGUUGUUAGUUCAUGGUGCAACAAUGCUUAGUUAAUACGUCGUAAUGAUUUAUAGGUGUGUAAUUUCUUCAAAUGACCAUAGGCCUACUUAUUUGUUCACCAAUAUUUAUUUUACCUAAGUCUCGGAGAUCUCGAUCUGUCUUGCGGAACACUUUAACUAGCAAUCCCUUUUCUCAGACGGAUUGUAUAUAUCGUUGCACAUAGCUACAACAAAAUUGAAAGGAACACAUUACAUAAACAUCAGCAUGAAAAUAGUGGUCUAUCUAUAAAAUCUCUGUAAUCAAAGAUAAAACCAGACUGUACCGUUCGCACACAUAACAGCCAUGGAUGAGGUUUUAAUGGACGAGGAUGAUGACUGCCCAGAGUUGGUCCCCAUCGCAGGAAAUCCUCUCUCACCUGGCGAACAGAUACCUGUGACCAUCAUCACAGGCUACCUCGGUGCUGGGAAGACGACACUGUUGAACUACAUUUUAACUGAGCAACACAAUAAGAGAAUCGCUGUCAUACUCAAUGAAUUUGGAGAAGGUAGUGCUCUGGAGAAGUCUCUAGCUGUGAGCCAGGCAGGAGAGCUGUAUGAGGAAUGGCUGGAGCUCAGGAACGGCUGCCUCUGCUGCUCUGUCAAAGACAAUGGCCUGAAAGCCAUAGAAAAUCUCAUGCAGAAGAAAGGAAAGUUUGACUAUAUUCUUCUAGAAACGACAGGACUUGCAGAUCCAGGUGCUGUGGCCUCCAUGUUCUGGGUUGAUGCAGAACUAGGGAGUGACAUCUAUCUAGACGGUAUUGUCACAGUCAUUGAUGCUAAAUACGCAAUGCAGCAUCUGACAGAAGAGAAACCAGAGGGACUGGUAAAUGAAGCAGCUAGGCAGAUCGCCCUGGCAGACCUGACCAUCAUCAAUAAGACUGACCUGGUGAAUGGAGAAGAGCUCAACCACCUCAGAGACACCGUCAGGUCUAUAAAUGGUCUGGUCAAGAUUCUGGAAUGUCAGAAGUCAAGGGUGGACCUAUCUCAAGUUCUGGAUCUGCAUUCCUUUGACAACAAGGAUGGAGUUAACUUGGUAGAGAAGCUACAGCUUGUGAAAACAACAAGACCACAUCUGGAUAAGAGUAUUCUGACAGUGACAUUUGAAGUAGCUGGGAGUCUCUCAGAGGACGUUUUGAAUGUCUUCAUCCAGGAUCUUCUGUGGGAGAAAGCAUUCCAGAACCAAGCCGGACUUCCCAUGAAGGUCAUUCGCUUGAAGGGGAUCGUGUCCAUCGCAGGUAAAGCCAACCAGGUGAUGUUGCAGGGGGUCCAUGAACUCUACGAGCUGGAUGAGACCCCACAGGUGUGGGGGGAGGAGCCUAGGGUCAACCGCCUCGUCUUCAUAGGGAGAAACCUGGACAGAGAGAUCCUACAGGAACACUUCAUCUCAACGGUACUGAACGUGGGGGACAGGAACUAAACAAGAACCCCACCCCUCUCUCCUCACAGUGAACUAUUACUAUUUAUUUCUGAUACCCUCCACACAAUGAAACACCUACUGUACCUGCAGUAAUCCUCAUCACUGUGGAGUGUCCAGGCCAGGAGUACCUCAAAACGUUAUGGGAUUUACUAUUAACCAUGAUUACAGGCCAAACCUUCACAGUGCAAGCAUCUAAUUGACAACAGUACAGUCAGGCUAUACACAGUGUGUAGUCUCUUAACUCUUGGGUGUGAUUGGGUCACUUCCUGAUGAGGCAAAUGCUACGAGGAAACAUUCGAUUAGUGUGUGAGUGGACUCAAUCCAUCAUCAACACCAUUACCCAGUCAUACACUCUCCACUCAAACCAGAUAAAAAGACAAUUGGAAAAUAGAGAAGUAAAUAGUGCCCUUACUAUCAUUUUCCUUGUAAAUUAUGUUUAACUUUGGAAACUCCUAACACCCAUAACCUAUUAAUUGAAAUCGUGAGUGUAUUCAUCAAUAGUUUCGCUGUGUUUAAAAUCUGUAAGUUGUUUGUGAAGUUAAGGUUUUGGACAGGCUAAGACUUUUAUCACAUCUUCUCAAAACUGGUGCAGCACAAAAUUAGGCUGUCUGUAAAUGUCCACAUGCUUGACUACUAGAUGGGCUGUUUCAAUUAUUAAAAUAAAGAAAAAUGAUUAAGUAAUCUGAUUUAAUAUUUUGAGUUUACAAUAUUAUAUGUUUAUAUUUCGCUAUUAUUACAAAAAGUAUUGCCUGUCAUUUUCUUGUCAUUCGCUUGUUCAAUAAUUGUGAACUACGAAUUGAUAUAAACUUUGAAACUCGA